CUUGCUUCUCUUGGAUAUCUUUACUGCAAAAUACACAUUGACCUUUCUGGGAAGUAUCAGAUCUUGAGGAGACACUUCCCAAUCUCUUCUCGCCAUCCACGACGGCUUUGUUAUUGCCCUCCUCCUCUACGACUUGAUCAUGGACCACGGGGUCACCGAAAAGCGCGGCAACGACGCUGUAGGAAAAGACAAUAGCGAUGGAGAUGUCAUUGCACCCCAUGUCUCAAACAGCGUUGUGUUCGGCGAGGUCCUAAACGAAAACGGUCGCUCCGAUGUCGAAAAACAGAAAAUCCAGCAAGGAGAUGCCCACUUUCACCGCCUCGGAUGGAAAAGACUCACCGUCGUCCUCAUCGUGGAAGCCAUCGCCCUUGGAAGCCUGGGCUUGCCUUCUGCGUUUGCGACGCUCGGCAUGGUUGCGGGUGUCAUUCUCUGUAUCGGCAUCGGCCUCAUUGCAAUCUACGCCUGCUACAUCAUCGGACAAGUCUCGCUGAAAUACCCCGGAGUUGCUCACUAUGCCGACAUUGGGCGGCUUAUGUGGGGUGGCUUUGGAUACAACCUAUUCAGCGUCAUCUUCAUCUCGCAGUUGACACUGGUUGUCGGAUCGCACUGCCUCACUGGCACAAUCGCCUUCAACAAUAUCACGCAAAGUGACGUUUGCUCUGUUGUCUUUGGGAUUGUAUCAGCUAUCAUCCUAUUGCUCCUUGCCAUACCACCUUCGUUUGCUGAGGUUGCUAUUUUGGGCUACAUUGAUUGCGCUUCAAUUGGCUUGGCCAUCUUAAUAACCAUGAUUGCAACUGGUAUCCAAGGUGCCCAAGCCCCCGGCGGGUUGGCCGCUUCAACCUGGUCCGCCUGGCCAAAAGAGGACCUCAAGUUUUCUGAAGCUUUUAUCGCGGUCAAUAGCAUUGUGUUUGCGUACGCAUUUGCAAGCGCACAGCCAUCAUUUAUGCAGGAAAUGCAUACGCCAAAGGACUACAUCAAAUCCACUUGGUCGGUUAUGGUUAUUCAAAUCGUCGUUUAUACUCUCACGGGAGCUAUUAUUUAUGCUUUCGUGGGCCAAGAAGUCCAGUCACCUGCCUUAUUAUCCGCCGGACCCGUCGUUUCGAGGAUUGUUUUUGGAAUUGCUUUACCGGUUAUCUUCAUCUCGGGCUCGAUUAACACCACGAUCGUUUGCCGAUAUAUCCAUGGAAAGAUCUACGAAGACUCUGUUGUCCGCUAUGUCAACACUAAGAAGGGCUGGAUUACAUGGCUGGGACUGGUGACUAUCAUCACUUUCCUCGCCUGGAUCAUUGCCGAGGCUAUCCCCAUCUUUUCCGAGCUAUUGUCGAUCAGCGCCUCUCUCUUCGUGUCUGGUCUUUCUUUUUAUUUUCCUCCCGUCAUGUGGUUCCUCCUACUCAAGGAAGGCAAAUGGUAUGCCAAAGAAAACAUACGAAGUGCUAUUUAUAAUGGCAUUGUUUUCCUCUUUGGAGUUGUUGUACUCGUGGCCGGGACAUACGCUACUGUUGCGGAACUGAUCACCACAUUCAAGUCAGGUUCCGUCGGCAAGCCAUUUUCAUGCUAGGCAUUUGACUUCAUGCUGGAGGAUCCGUAACAAACUAUCGCUUGGACCUUUUAUUUCACUUCUUAAAUACACUCUGUAUAACCGAAAUUUUGACGCGAAGUGGAUUCGGGAAGACCCGUGAGUGAAUUAAGCCGCGAAGCUGAGAAACGAGCCUCUGGAAUGGCUUUCUCUCAAAUCUUUACGGGCCUAUGGGCUCCAUUUCAUUGAGAAUUCCCGGUCCGCCUUUUUGACAUGACCGUAGUAGUGG